AUGGGAAAGUCCAUCUGGUGCCGAAGAUCGAAGCAACUCCGAGAGAAAAACGACUCAUUCCAAAAGAAGGAGGUCAAAAGAUGGCAUAGAAUGGAGUCUACGAACUUAGCCAAGCAAAAUGCAUUGGCACCCAAAGAAGAAUCAUGUAGUGAAAUUGACGUGGGCUUUCAAGAAAGCCAGCAGAAUCAGAAAAAAAGUAUGAAGGAAAGUAUGAAGAAAAGCAAGAGUUUCUUGGGGAAGAUACUGCCACGCAGAGGUAAACCCCUAAAUGCCAGCAGCAAGGACUCUGAGGAGCACAAGGAAACUUUCCUUUCUGCCGUACAGAGCUCUGUUCCUCAGAUUGUCAAGCAGCUUCUGCCCACCAAGUUAUUUACUAUGCUAAGAAUGAGAAAGCAGUCACCGAACAAAACUGUACAAUCUGAUGUGGAGGCCAAGACGCAACUUGGUGCAGAGGCAGAGAUGGAGGGGGCAGCAGGAGGGAACCACCUGCCGGCUGGGAGUUCUGCCAACCGCUUCUGCAGGAUGCCUGUUCACCAGGGACAACAAAAGGAAGUACUUUCUUCAUCCAAAAAGAGGCUACACUUUCCAAUGCUGAAAAAAAAGAAACAUGGCCUGGAAGAACCCCUUCAAAAAUCAGCUUUACCAUUAAAAAACCUUCAAAUGCAGGUGGAUGACUGCAAACAAAUAAUUACUGAUCAAGUCAGGAAGCAAUUGGACCAACGAAAUGCUGAACUUGAACGCAGUGAGUCUCGCUUAGAUCAGCUUCUGCAGUUCUCUCAUCAGUUUGAGAAAGUGUCAAAGCGAGCCUCCUGGAAAUUCAGGCUGAAAAACAUGUUAUGCCUGAGCAUCUGCUGCUGGCCUUGUUUUUGA